CCAAUCUUCCGAACGGAUAGGAUAGAAGGUAGUGAAAGCAGAGGACUCUGAACUCGAAAAUGGCUUCACUCUCCCUCUCAACACCAACAACACCAACCUCUCUUUCCUUCACCUCAUCCUCUAUCUUCCUCUCCUCACACCAGCUCCAAACCCAUUCCAAAUUCAAGUUCCCCAUUUCACCCCCCAAAUCCCUCUCCAUCUCCUGCAAAGCCUCCCCCCUCCCCAUCCUCAACUUCUCCGGCGACAAGAUCGGCGAGUCCUUCCUCGACCUCCGCUCCGCCCCCCCGGACACCGCUCGCGCCGUCGUCCACCGCGCUGUCGUCACCGGCCUCCAGAAUAAGCGCCGCGGCACCGCCUCCACCCUCACUCGCGGUGAGGUCCGCGGCGGUGGCAAGAAGCCCUACCCUCAGAAGAAGACGGGACGCGCCCGCCGCGGCUCCAACCGGACACCGCUCCGGCCCGGCGGAGGGGUCAUCUUCGGGCCCAAGCCCAGGGAUUGGUCCAUCAAGAUCAACCGCAAGGAGAAGCGCCUUGCCAUCUCCACCGCCAUGGCCAGCGCCGCCGCGAACACCGUCGUUGUGGAGGACUUUUCGGCGGAGUUCGCGGAGAAGCCGCGGACGAGCGAGUUCAUCGCCGCCAUGAAGCGGUGGGGGCUCGACCCCAAGGAGAAGAGCAUGUUUUUUAUGACGGAGGUGCCCGAGAACGUGAGGCUCUCGAGCAGGAACAUUGGCACGUUGAAGAUGCUCACGCCGAGGACGCUGAAUUUGUACGAUAUUCUCAAUGCGGAUAAGCUCGUGCUCACGCCUGAGGCGCUGGAUUAUUUAAAUCAGAGGUAUGGGGUUGAUUACCAAGGAAGUGAUGAUGAAGAUGAAGAAGAAGAGGGUGAGGAAGCUGAAGAAGCAUCUGACUGAGAUCGAGACCAACAUCCCUUGAAUUCAUACAUGCAGUGGCCAUAUUAUAGACCGGAGGUCUUACAUUGUCACUGUCUAGUACAGGUACUCGAAUCAGGAAGCUGUUUCUUAGAAAAAAAGAUUUUAUUUUUGUAGCAUACAAGCAUUCAACAUUGAACAUCCUCACAUUUUAGAUGAAUGAGCAUUGAUUCCGGCUUUAUUCAUUCUUGUUACACUUGUUCUGAUGGGCUUAAGUUGAAAUGACUGUUUUCAAAUUAUUUGCUGCUGCUUCUGUUUGCUUGAAAUUUAGGAUUUCAGCUUCCAACUUGUGGGGUAUUGAUCUCAAUUAAUGCAUUCAGUGGCAUAUUAUUCAUGUA